AUGGGCGCGCGAGCCGACGAGGCGCGUAGCGAGCUGCUGCGAGUGCGGCGCGACAUCCACACGGUGGAGGAGCAGUUGGCGCGCGCAACGCAUGAGCUGGACGAGGCGGCGAAGGCGGGCGAUCGCGAGCGAGUGGACGACCACCGUCGGAUGCGGAAUUGCCUGUGGAAGGAGAAGGAGCAGCUGCGCAUUCAGGAAACCAUCUUUUUGAAAAUCGCCUUCGCGGAUUUUCCCGCGCCCAAUAUGAUGGCAUCUCCAGGUUCGCACGCCUUCUCCUCGCCCGCGCUCCCCUCUCCCCUGCACCUCCAACACCAAACGCAAAUGGCGCCGCAUGGCGCGCAGCUGGGGGCGCCGCCAUUCAGCAGCGCGCCUCUGGGCGGGUCGUCGCUGUCGGGGUCGCCGUCGCUGAUGGGCGCGUGCGACCCCGCCAUCACGCCGCUGCACACUGCCUCGCUCAUGCCCGGCGCCAGCCCCCCCGAUUGCUUCUCCUUGGGCGGGCCUUCCCCGUCCCCCCUCCAAACUCCGCUGUCCGGUCCCGGCGGAGCAAUGGGCAUGGGUGCGCAAGGAGCAGGCGGGCAUUUCGCAUCCGCGGGGAUGGCGACGGGGCAGUCGCUUCUGGGCAUGCUGCCCACGUCGCCCGCCAUGCGCCCCGCCUCGGGGACACCCGCGUCUGGCAGCGGCGGACGGAUCGGCCGGCGGAGGAGCGCGAUGUCGCCCGGGCUUGCGCCGAUGCAGGGCGGCGCAAUGCUGAUGGGCGGAGACAUGGGCGAGAUGGCGAAUCCCGAGGGGUACGAAGUGAGUCGCAACCUGGACGCGCGCGUGGAGGACGUGUGGCGCGAGUGGAAGGAGGGGCUCAACGGCGGCCCGUCCAUCGAGAAGCUCGAGGAGGCGCGGCGGCGCGACCGCAAGUGCGUGUGGUGGCGGCAUAAGAACGACUACAAGUACUGGCGCAAGCAGAUGCGCAUAGUGCACGCGGUGGAGAGCAAGGCGGGCGAGUUCGCGGGUGACGUGGCGGCGGCGAUCCGCUUCUGGGACGACAUCCUGCGCGUCGAGUUCGCCGGCUCCAUCUCCAAGCUCCGCGAGGCGCUUGGCGGCGACCGCCCGCUGCCCUCCGCGCAGUCCGCAGGUGGUGGCGCCGGGGCGGACGACUCGCCCGGCGCAGAGGGGCGGGGAGAAGAUGGGCGGGAGGGUUCGGGAGAGGGAAACGACGCGGGCGGGGGGGGAGGAGGGGAGGGGAGCAAGUGGAAGAGGCAGAGAAGGGAGUUGCUGCAGCGGGGCGUGGAGAGAAUGAAGGCGUGGGGGCAGGGGGGCGCGAGCGGCGCUGGUGUGGGGGGCAGCGCGCUGAUGGCUGCUGCACUAGCGCCCGCUGGUGUGGGUGGUGUGUGUGGCGAGGGGGGCAUGGUGGGCGGAAUGGUGGGGGGGCAAGGGCCUAUGACAGGCGCAGUUGUGGAUGGCAUGGGCGGUCCUGUGGGCAUGCAGGCCGGCAUGGCGCAGCAGACGCAGAUGAAUGGUGCUAAUGGUGCGGGCGGGAUGGGUGUGCAUGUGAUGAGCGCGCAUGAAGUGGGUGUUGUUCAGGGUGUGUUGAUGCAGCAUGGGGGGGGGAAUGGCAUGCAGCAGCAUGGGGGAGGGAAUGGCAUGCAGCAGCAUGGGGGAGGGAAUGGCAUGCAGCAGCAUGGGGGAGGGAAUGGCAUGCAGCAGCAAGGGGGGGAGCAGCAUAUGGUGGGUGGGCAUGGCGAUGGAAGCAUCAUGCAAGGACAUGUGCAGCAGCAUGUGCAACAGCAUGUGCAACAGCAUGUGAUGCAGGGGUCUGGGCCCCAGCAUGGGCAGUCUGGUAUGGUGCAGCAAAUUUGA